GAAUUGAAGAUGAUAGAGUCUUACUUUUAAGUUAGGCAGUGAUUAGUUGCCGGAGAAAAAACCAUGUCGAAGAAAGCCGCCGUCGUUCCAGUACCGGUCCGCCAUGUAAUCUGGUUUGGUUGGAAACUCGCUGUCUUCCUCUCCUUCGCACUUUGCUUCUGUGCUCUCCUUCGCCUCCAUUUCUCCCCAGAAAUAUCUUCUCCCACUAACUAUCUCUCUCGUGCGCGCUGGAGAUCCCGUAUUCCUCGCUAUAACAACUUUAAUGGUGCCCCUAAGAUCGCUUUCCUCUUCCUUGCCCGCUUCAAUCUCCCUCUCGAUUUUCUCUGGAGCAGCUUCUUCAAGAACGCUGACACGGCCAAUUUCUCCAUUUAUAUACACUCCGCCCCUGGCUUCGUCUUCGACGAGUCGACUUCUCGGACGCAUUUCUUUUACAACCGGCAAUUAACUGAUAGCAUACAGGUAGCGUGGGGAGAAUCGAGUAUGAUAGAAGCUGAAAGGUUGUUACUUGCGAAUGCUCUAGAGGACCCUGCAAAUCAGAGAUUUGUUCUUCUGUCUGACAGUUGCGUUCCUCUAUACAACUUCAGCUAUAUCUAUAGAUAUCUUAUGGCUUCGCCUAGGAGUUUCGUGGACAGCUUUCUUGAUUCAAAGGAUGGGCGUUACCAUCCCAAAAUGUCUCCAGCAAUACCAAGGAACAAGUGGAGAAAAGGAUCUCAGUGGAUCUCUUUAAUAAGGAACCAUGCCGAAGCCGUUGUAGAUGAUGAGGUUGUUCUUCCAGUCUUUAAGAAAUUCUGCAAGCGACGCCCUCCUCUGGACACCAGUAAAGGAAAGCUGAAUAACAAACUUCAAAAACAGCAUAAUUGUAUCCCAGAUGAACAUUAUGUGCCGACAUUGUUUGCGAUGAGUGGGCUCGAAGGUGAGAUAGAACAAAGAUCGCUAACCUAUACCCUCUGGAAUCAGUCCGCCACAAAAAUGGAUAACAAAGCUUGGCAUCCUGUUACAUUCAACUAUGCAGAUGUUAGCCCUAACCGACUCAGAGAAAUAAAGGACAUCAACCAUAUAUACUACGAGAGUGAAUCCCGGACAGAGUGGUGUCGAGUCAACACUACCUCUGUUCCUUGCUUUUUAUUCGCCAGGAAGUUCUCAAGAGGAGCUGCCAUGCGCCUUUUGAGUGAGGGGGUGGUUGCUCCCUUUGCUGCCUCGUCAUUGUUAGGCAAUUUGUCAUGAUUGCUGAUCACAAAACCUCGAACCACCUAACUCUCAGCCGAUAGCCUGUAAAGAACAACUAGGGUGGAAAGCAGAUUGCCUGCUAAAGUUUUGCUGAUAUACAACGCUACUGUAUAUGCAGAAAUAGGUUUUAUUUUCGAAACAGAGCUUCGAGAGGCAGAUAGAAGAGUCUGAAGAUCGAAACACGGUGCAGGAGUUGGAUAAUCAUCAUUGACAUUGGUGUUGCUAAUUAAAUGACUAGAGAAGUUCUGAUCUAGAUCAUAUGUUUACUGGCUAGGAAAAGUUGACAUUUAUAUCACAAUAUGCAUAAUUAUUUUUAGUGUAA